AUGAGCUCGGGGGAAAAGUCCACGAAUAUCGACUUAUUCGAUCCCAGCGCCCUUCCCGAUUUCGACCAAGAAUUCAUCGACCCAGAUGAUCUGCGGCAAUUCGAGAAUGCCUUGAACAACAACGAAGCUUCGCCUCUGAUAGCCAUCAAUGACUGGCGACCUAUCAACCAACGGGUGGUGCGCAAGAACCGCGACCGUCGGAAACAACUUAGGAGGAGUAAGGAUGAGACGAGGGAGGGGGUCCUCUACACCGUCUUGAAGUGGCCGUUUCUCUUCACCGUGUUUGCUUGGAUUACGGUGCUUGGCUUCGUUUACGUCUUGACUCGGUUGUAUAUUUUUUUAUAUGAGCAAUGGGUGACAUGGCGGGGUACGAGGGAGAGACUCCGGAGAGUGUUGUCCAUACAGACGAAUUAUGCGGAUUGGCUGCAAGCUGCCCAGGCGUUGGAUGUCUAUCUUGGGAAUGAAAAGUGGAAGAAAUCAGACGAAUAUGCAUACUAUGACCAUCUCACCAUCAACAGGGUGGUCGCACAAUUGAGGAAAGUCAGAAAGGAGGCCGAGUGGGAGGUACAGAACAGACGUGCCAGCUCGAGUGAGUUGCCUUCUGUCGAGGAGCUGUGUUCUCUUCUGGAGGCCUGCGUCAAGAACAACUUUGCCGGCGUGGAAAACCCUCGAAUCUACAGUGAAGCAUACUCCGGGACCAAGGACCUUGUACAGGAAUACAUUGACGAGGUGCAUGCGUGCAUGCAAGUGGUGCUGGACAGCAAGCAGAUCAGCAAUGAGGAUAAAUACCAGCACUUCAAGCAUUUGGACACAAAUUUUGGCCGAACUGCGCUGUGUCUCUCUGGAGGAGCCACGUUUGCCUAUUACCACUUUGGCGUGAUCAAAGCGCUGCUCGAUAACGAUGUUCUACCCGAGAUCAUCACCGGGACGUCCGGAGGCGCAUUGGUGGCCGGCUUAGUUGCCACCAGAACCGAUGAGGAAUUGAAACAACUGCUCAUCCCCGCGCUAGCCCACAAAAUUAGAGCUUGUCAUGAAGGUUUCACAACCUGGAUGCUGCGCUGGUGGCGCACAGGCGCGCGUUUUGACACGCUGGACUGGGCUCGGCAAUGCAGCUGGUUCUGUAGAGGCUCUACCACGUUUCGUGAAGCGUACGAACGGACAGGUCGCAUACUCAAUGUGACGUGCGUCCCGUCCGAUCCCCACUCACCGACUAUUCUGGCAAACUACUUGACAUCGCCCGAUUGCGUCAUAUGGAGUGCCGUGCUUGCCUCUGCGGCGGUCCCUGGGAUUUUGAACCCCGUGGUUUUGAUGACCAAGAAGCGUGAUGGUACCCUCGCCCCAUAUUCUUUUGGGCACAAGUGGAAGGAUGGUAGUCUACGGACGGAUAUACCCAUCAAAGCGUUGAAUUUACAUUUCAACGUUAACUUUACUAUUGUCUCGCAGGUAAAUCCACACAUCAAUCUCUUCUUUUUCAGUUCUCGAGGAGCUGUAGGCCGGCCAGUUACACACCGAAAAGGUCGAGGAUGGCGCGGUGGUUUUCUGGGCUCUGCCAUUGAGCAGUACGUCAAGUUGGACAUGAACAAAUGGCUCAAAGUUCUACGACAUCUUGAACUCUUACCACGGCCGAUGGGUCAAGAUUGGAGUGAAAUCUGGCUGCAAAAGUUCAGCGGCACAGUCACAGUUUGGCCCAAGAGCAUUCCAUCCGAUUUCAUCCAUAUCCUCUCUGACCCCACCCCCGAACGAUUAGCACGAAUGCUCCAUGUGGGCAAGCAAAGUGCUUUCCCGAAGAUACAAUUUAUCAAGAAUCGAUUGAAAAUAGAAGGCGAAAUAAUGCAGGGACUGCAGAAGAAUUCCCCUGCUGGUGAUCGGGUAGCGUCUCCCAUCUUAUCCCGUCGUCGCCAACAACACGAACAAGAGCACUCUGAUCCGAUGGUUGAGCGUCUUGACGAAAACCUUCCAGAGCGUCAGCCAGACUACAAGGAUGACUCGAGAUAUAGCGAACUGUCCGAUAGCCUGUCUGCUGGAUCGUCUCGGCCACAGACCCCGGAACCUCGCCGGGGGAGUUUGAUGGAGGAAAUGAGACGGCAAUCCGCGGUGUUUUUUGACGAUGCGGAUAUGUAUGGGGAGAAUACAAUUAUGAACUGA